UUUUUUUAUUUAUUUCUUUUUCUUCUUUGUCAUUCUAAAUGAAUCAAUUUGAACAAGAUACUAUCUCUGUUCAUUCUUCUUUGUCUUCUACUCCUACAGAAACAACACCUUUAAUUGCUAACAAAAACAAUGAGAAAGAAGAAUCAAGCUGGGCCAAUGAAUUCCGUUGGCUAUUUAAGAAUGCAAUCCCAGUGAUUUUCACUUUUUUGAUGCAAAAUUCGCUUCAAAUGGCUUCUAUCUUUACACUGGGUCAUUUGGGUUCCACAGAAUUAGCAGCCGCAGCCUUAUCAACCAUGUUUGCCAAUGUAAGUGCUUGGUCUAUUGCAUUUGGUACAUCAGCAGCUUUGGAUACGCUGUGUUCUCAAGCAUGGACAGGUGCUAAGGAUAAAACAUUGGUAGGUGUUCAUCUUCAACGAGCCCUUUGUAUCCUUGGUAUCAUGUUUAUUCCUAUUGCCAUUGUCUGGUGGAAUUGUACCAAGAUUUUAUUAAGCUUGAAUCAAGAGCCUGAGUUAGCCGCAUUGGCAGGCACUUUUCUUCGUUGUCUGAUGUUUGGUGCUCCUGCUUUUAUUGCCUUUGAAGCAACCAAAAAGUUCUUGCAAGCCCAAGGUAUCAUGCAAGCCUCCACUUAUAUUCUUAUGAUUGUUUCACCUAUCAAUCUCUUAUUGAAUUAUACACUUGUCUAUCUUCCUCCUUUCCAAUUGGGUUUUGCUGGUGCUCCCAUUGCUACUGCUUGUAGUUAUUGGCUCAUGCUGGUCUUGUUGGUUUGCUAUAUUCGAUUUGUGGAUGGUAAGGAAGCAUGGGGAGGCUGGACCUCUGAAUGUUUGACGGGUUGGUGGCCCUUUUUAAAGCUCUCUAUUCCUUCUCUUUUGAUGAUAACAGCCGAAUGGUGGGCAUUUGAAAUUUCCUCUUUGGCUGCAAGUUAUCUUAGUACCCGUGACUUGGCUGCUCAAUCUAUUUUGUUGACUACAGCCAGUGCUACUUACACCAUUCCUUUUGGUAUCAGUGUGGCUGCUUCUAACCGUGUUGGUAAUGCGCUUGGUGAAUGCAAUGCUCAAAAAGCACGUCGUGCCUCCAUCAUGGCGUUUUCGUUUGCUAUCUUUUUCGGCAGUCUUAAUUCUGUCUUCUUUUUGGCUGUUCGUUCCAAGUUUGGUUAUCUGUUUACAGAAGAUGGAGAUGUUGUACAAUUAGUUGCUGAAAUUGCACCCCUUUGUGCCUUGUUUCAAAUUGCAGAUGGUCUAUCUGGUGUAUGUGGUGGUGUGAUUCGUGGUAUGGGCCGUCAAUUGUUUGCUGCCUGGGUUAAUUUGGUUUCUUACUAUGUGAUUGCAUUGCCGCUCGGUUACUAUUUGACGUUUGUGCAUGAUUGGGAUUUAUAUGGUCUCUGGUCUGGUUUGACACUUGCCUUGUUCUUAGUGGCAAUUGGUGAACUUGUGUUUUUGUUGCGUGUGGAUUAUGAAGAAGAAGCUCGCAAGACUCAAGAGCGUGUUCAUUCAGAUGAAGAUAAGCUUCAUGAAGAACAUCCACAUGCUGUUGUUUAACUUAUUCAUAUGAUCAGCAAUAGCUGUCGUCUUUACAUACCUUUCUUUAUUCUACUUAAUUUACUAGAAGUCACCAAUAAACUUGUAGAUUUAUACAAAAAAAAUAAACAGGAGGACACUCAACUUUUAUGAUGAACUGAA